GCUGAAAGCAAGAGCAUACGAAUCCUUUCUUCUCAUCUUCUGUCUCACUUGUAAUGGACGCGGCUCAGCAGCAGAGCUCGCAGCCGAGUACGAGCGCAACGUCAGUCAAUCCCGCAAAGAACGAUGACAGCCUGCGAGCCGAGGUCUUAGAAAUUCUGUCAAACACAGCGAAUGGGUGUCUAGCAGAGUUGGGAUAUUAUCCGGGCAUAGUCCCGAGGUUGAGGGACGCGGAGGCCAAGCUGGCGCAGUUGCAGUCUACCAACUCCAGUCUUUGGGAGGAUAACCGACGGCUCGCACAAAGCUUGGACGUUCUAAAAACGCGAAUGACGGCGAUGAGAGCAGGAAAGGACGAUCAUGUGCAAGCUGUCCUAGCGCUCCAGGCCGAGAACAGAGCACUUAGGGGCGAGGUCGACGCGUUCCUGCGCUUGGCUGCGGCUGAGAAAGGACAGAAGAUGCAACUCCUGAUGCAGGAGUUCGAUACACUCACCCGCAAGCAUCAAAUGGCGUUGAAGGAUAUUUCGAUCCUGCACAACAAUCUCAUCGCGCUUCUAACCGCCCAAAAUCCUCCGUCGAAUAAUGGCGUUGAACCGCCUCCCCCUCCCCCUCCGGCGCAAGGUCAACCUCAACCACAUAGCAUGCCACAGCAGCAAGGACAACACACGACAUCGCAGCCUAAUGUAAUACCUGUGGCGGUACCUGUCAGACGUGUCUCUCAAGAUAUGACACAGACCCGACGUUCGUCGGACAUGACUCACCAUCACCAUGCUCAACACUCCGCUCCCGCGGGGCGCAUGCAUGGCGUACAGGUCAUGCCGCAACAGGUUUUUCAUCCGGUUCCGGCACAACAGCCGAAACAUCCGGGGGACGUGGUGUACCAGCCAGGGACUGGCGCACCCCACCCAGACCCUCGAUCCACGGUAUAUGCCAAUGCGCCCCCCCUUGUCCAAGUGCCGCAGUAUGGGCCCGCGCGUCCUCACUAUGUGCCACCGCAGCAGGUGAUCGGACAAUAUUCUCCAGCGCACGGUCAACCUAUGCAAUACCAAGUAGCCCAUAACCCCCACCUCCAGAAUCGUGCGCAGCACACGGUCUACCCAUCGAAUGCAGUUCCCCAUCCCGGUGUGAUGAAUCCUGGCAUAGUACCAUCUCAACCACAGGCUCCCCCGUAUCCACAUGCGCAUCAGCCACCUGGUCCCCCUCACGGUUACUAUGUGCCAGUGCCAUCACAACAAACGGGUGCUCCUGAUGUAAUUGGUAGACCUCCGAUGCACGCAGCCCCGCGGUCACAUCAUUCAACUCCAAACAGCUCGCGACCGUCCUCGAGUCAUAGCAGCACGUAUCCAAUACGGCCUCUAUCUAUUAACACUCAAGUAUCCUCAGGUGGCCCGGUAUACGCGGGUCAUCCUCACAUGCGGCAGAUGCCUCAGAGACGCGCGUCCCAGAACGCUUACCCUAUAACCCCGUCUACGCCUAGCAUGAAUUUGCCUGAACUCGAGGCCCAGUACCCCCCUACUCCGUUGUCAGCGCGCACGGCGGACUCUCCCCAGAAGGUGUCCCCAUCUGCCCUUGGGUCUACGAGGCCCCGGGAGGUCGUUGACCUCACGAGUGUUGACGAGCCGGAACCCAAGCGACCUCGGCUGGAGGAGACCGCCCCGGCUCAGCCGACUCCCCCACCAUCGUCCGGUCCGAAUGGCCCUGAAGGUCCCGUGAAGGAGGAGUCGACUAAAGAAGAAUCAAAUACGUCAGCGAGUCAACCUGGCGAAGAGGCGGACGAAGAUGUCCCUUCUUUUGAGGACUGCGUGCAGACCCUAUUCGUGCUGGUUGAGCCGAGUACGCCGGAGAAGGGGAAGAUCUGCUAUCUGUGCAAACAUCGAUACGAGAAUAAGAUCGACCCUAACCCGCCCUCGGUGUUCACUAAUCCUACGCUAAACGAGCAAGUCGAGCAUGCUAAAACGGAGCACCCUACCGUCUGGGAACAUCUCCGUCUCAAUGGCGAUUCCUUGGAUCCCGAAUGAAGUAUCGAACUCCCGUGCCCGCCCGCGCCUUCGCCUCUAGGUCUAUCUGUUGUGCCUUAUUCUUAUUUCAACCAUCUGGUGCUAGUGAAUUCUCAUGAUACCCAUAUGCACUAAUCGCGCCUCUUUCCGUGAAGAGAGGAAUCGAAUGUUAUGAUUUGUUGUAAUCAGCGUAAUGUGAAAUAAUUCUUGCCAGCGA